CUGCGCCGCGCUCCUGCAUCUGUGAUUCGGCUGAAGAAAGAAAAACUCCUGGUGAAGCGACUGAGAUCCAUGUGACACACUAUUAUAAAGAUGGCGUUUAUUAAAGAGGAGAGUGAAGAAAUAAGGAUUGAAGAAACAUUCAGCAUAAAACAAGAAGAAACUGAGGAACAAACAGACCUGAGGCUGCUGAAAGAGGAGUGUCAAGAACUGAAUGAUUUGGAAGAAAAAUUUCACCCGGGAGAGAGCCUUUACACCUGCCAACAGUGUGGAAAAAGUUUCACUCAAAAGGCAAAUCUAAACAGGCACAUGAGAAUUCACACCAGAAAGAAGACUCACAGUUGCCCUCAGUGUGAAAAGAGUUUUACACAGAACAAAUACCUUAAUGCCCACAUGAGAACUCACACUGGAGAGAAGCCUUUCACGUGUCCUCAGUGUGAGAAGAGUUUCUCACUAAAAGGAAAUCUUAAGACUCACAUGAGAAUACACAAUGGAGAGAAACCUUUCAAAUGCCCUCAUUGUGUAAAGAGUUUUACACACAAAAAAAACCUUAAUACCCACAUGAGACAUCACACUGGAGUGAGUCCCUACUUGUGCGAUCUCUGUGGCAAGAGCUUCUCACGAAAAGAAAGUUUUAAGACUCACAUGACUAUUCACACCGGAGAGAAGCCGUUCAUAUGUCAGUGUGGAAAGAGCUUCAGAUGUAAAGAAAACCUUAAUCAGCACUCAAGUAUUCACUCAAGAGAGAAAUGCUGUGUAUGUCAUCAGUGUGGAAAGAGUUUCACAGACAGGAAACGCCUUAGGAGGCAUGUAAAAACUCACAUCAGAGGGAAGCCUUUCAUGUGCCCUCACUGUGGAAAGUGUUUCGCAAAGAAAGCAAACCGUGAGGAUCAUGUGAGAAUUCACACCGGAGAGAAGCCUUUCACCUGCUCUCACUGUGGAAAGAGUUUCACAGUUAAAGGAAACCUUAACAUUCACAUGAGAGUUCACACUCGAGAGAAGCCUUACAAGUGUCUUCAGUGUGAGAAGAGUUUCACAUAUCACACAAUCCUGAAACGUCAUUUGCAAACUCAUUCUGGAAAGAAAAUGCAGUGUUCCUUGGUGUGACGAGGUUUUAGAAAGACUAGCAAUUUCACAAAUCACCUGUGCAUUCACUCUGGAGGAAGACAAUUCGAU